AUGGAUACGCUGCGGGUUUUGGCAAUCGCUAGCGGCGUGGCCACGCACCUUCUCCUUUAUCGAGUUGGCGAAUGGGAUGUUAAAGCGCCUAGUAUCGUGAGAACAUAUAUCUUACUUAGCGCAAUCCUCUUCUAUGCGGAACGUGCAGCUUUACUGGACAGUUUCUCGAUUGAUGCGCCUCCGAAAUGGGCAGCUACAGUCACUGUAUAUCACAUUCUUGGAGUCUACGCUAGUUUGCUCUUUUAUCGCGCUUUUUGGCAUCGUCUUUGUGGAUAUCCUGGACCAUUCCUCGCCAGACUUUCAAAUUUCUACGUCACUUCACUCUCUGCUAAGAAUCUGCAUCUCUACGAGGAGGUUCAAAAGCUGCAUCAACAAUAUGGCGACUAUGUUCGACUAGCACUGCGCGAUUAUGAACCACGUGUUUCUCAUUACGCCGAGCAGCUUCUCGACACCGUCCGGAAGAAUCUUGGCAAGCCAAUGGAUAUGUCGAAGUGGUUUAAUUACUACAGCUUCGAUGUCAUGGGCGAUCUGUCGUUUGGGAAUUCCUUUAACAUGCUGGUUGGCGGGAAAGAUACAUACUUUUCGACGCAGUUACAUGCAGAUAUGAAGAGUAUUGGGCUGUUUAGUCACCUGACAUGGCUGUUUCCGUUUUUCAAAAGAAUCCCUAUCCUCAAUUCUGACUAUCUCAAAUUUUGGAACUGGGUUGGAGGCAGAGUGGAGGAAAGAAUUAUGAAUAAUCCAGAUCGUCCUGAUGUGUUUUCUUGGAUCCUUGAUGCUUAUCAGAACGGCCCCAAGACAAAGCAGGAUCACCUUGACCUACACGGUGACGCUUACUUGAUUAUCGUUGCAGGAAGUGAUACUACUGCUGCCACCUUGACGAGUCUGUUCUUCCAUCUCGCCGCCGACCACACGUGGCAAACAAAGCUCCAGGAAGAACUAGACGCAUUGCCUGAUUUAACCCAGGAGAAGCUGACAGGUGUCAAAUUACUGGAUGCCCUUAUCAAUGAGACACUGAGAUUGCAUCCUGCCGUACCAUCUGGCACCCAACGAAUGACGCCUCCGGAGGGUCUCCAGAUUGGUAAUAAGUACAUUCCUGGUGACGUGAUGGUAUGCAUUCCGACACACACACUGUUCCGAGACGAACGAGCCUUUGUCCGGCCUAAUGAGUUUCUUCCAGAGAGGUGGAUGACCCAGCCGGAACUAGUAAAAGAUGCAUCCGUCUUCAUCCCAUUCAAUGCCGGCCCCUAUUCCUGCGUUGGGAAGCAACUUGCCCUGAUGGAGCUCCGCCGUGUGACUGCCGAGAUUCUAACGAGAUAUCAUGUUGAAUUUGCUCAAGGGCAAACCACUGAGGACUUCCUGAAUGAAUGCGAAGUUAUCAAAGGCAUAAACCACCGGAUGUACGGCGACUUGCGCCUUAUUUGGGGUGGAUAA